AUGCAUAAUUUCUUGACGGAUGAAGAAAGCUCGUAUAAUCUGUAAAAGCAACUUUUGUAAAAAUUGUUUUAGACAGCUGAGUGAUCUGAAACAAGUCUAAAUACAUAUUCUACUGUGAUUUUGUGUUAUGCAAUUGCAGAUUUGUAACCAUUCUGUUUUCUUUAUCUUACCGGAAUUUGGGUGGAUCCUUCAUCACUUUUAGUGAAUAUAAAAAACAUACUCAGUGUGAAAAACUAACCAUUUUGAACAGUUGUAACAGGAAACAAGAAUAAUGUCUCAAAAAUUUGUGAGAUUGAAUACCGGCCACAAUAUGCCUCUUGCAGCAUUUGGAACUUGGAAUAUCGGAAGCAUGGACGUUGGCUCGGCAAUCAAACAGGCGAUAGAAGUCGGAUAUCGACAUAUUGAUACAUCAUGGAUGUAUGGCAAUGAGAAAGAAAUUGGAAGUACCCUACAGGAAUUGUAUGAUGAGUCAAAACUUCGCAGAAAAGAUUUAUUCAUCACAAGUAAAUUAUCUCAAUAUUUUCACGAUAAACAAGAAGUGAGAAAUGGAUUAAUGGAAAGUUUGAAAGAUUUACAAACUGACUACCUUGACUUGUUUUUAAUGCACAAUCCAUGUGCCUACGAGAAGGGCGAAGUACCAAAGCCAGGACAGCUGGAUUUUGUUCAUAAUAAUGAAGUGCAUUAUCUUGAUACGUGGAAGGAAAUGGAAAAAUUACAAAAGGAAGGAUUAGUUUGUAGCAUUGGUGUCUCCAACUGCAAUGAAUACCAAAUCAAUAAAGUAAUCAAUGAAAGUUCAACGAUUCCAGCCGUUCAUCAAACCGAAUCGUAUCCUUAUUUGACAGAAGAAAGUCAUGCGCAGUUUUGUUCAAAAAAUGGAAUUGUAAUGGAAGCUUACGCUGUUUUAGGAUCACCUGGAAGAUUCUGGGCACCCAAAGAUGAUGAAGACGUUCUUGCAGACAAAGUUUUACGAGACAUUGCUAGUAAAUAUGAAAGAACUACAGCGCAAAUUGCAAUCAGAUUUCAGAUUCAACGAGGGGUUGGUGCAGUUGCUAAAAGUGCGAAUCCUGACAGAAUAAGAACCAAUUUCAAAGUAUUCGAUUUUACAAUGUCUGUAGAGGAUAUGAAUGCAAUCUAUGCAUUAAACAAAAAUUUAAGAAGAUUUGCAAUGGAGUGGAACAAAGGGCACAAAUAUUGGGCGCAUCAGGAAAAUUACACGGAAGACUGAAAUGACAAUGAAAUCUUC